UUUUGGUCAGUGAGCUAAAUGUUUAUAAGAAUAACGGUGCUUAUGUUGUUAACUACAAGUGAUUAUUAAUUUUGUUCGUCUGUUGCCUGUAAUUUGUGACUCUAUCGCUGUGCAACUUUUACUAAAUCAAGAAGUAAAUCGGACGAGUAAAUCAUAGAGUUUCCAUACAAACGAUCGCAUCAGCACAUUGACUUUAUAAGUCUAAUAAACUCAUUAAAGACUGCUUGGAAUAAUAAUAAUAAACUGUUACAGAUACCCAGAUAAUGUCUUCGGAGCCCUGUGAUAGUCGCAUCUCUGAAAGGUCUGAAGAUCUGCGUACAAACUCCUGCGGCAGUCUGUAUGCCAAUUGCAAUUGCAACUCUGAACAAAAUCAAUCCUCGGACACAAUCAGCUACGAUUGGAAUAGAUUAAGGGUAAGCGUUGGUGAUGCGGAAACAAUGGCUUUGACAAGGACGUCCACAAACACGAAUCGGUCCCCAAAGCAUCAAUUGCAGUUUAGAUCACGACCGCGACGAGAACACAAUUCCUUUUCGCAUCCUGAUACUGAUUUUGUAUUUACAAAGCUGUCUGUUAUAAGACCCGAGGCAAUGCCAAGCCAGGAUUGGGAUGGCGAACUGAUAUACCGACUCUCGCCGCAAUCCGAUAUGCAAAAGAAAACUUUUAAAACAGAUUUCGAACUAUCGUCAUCCCAGGGACAUAACAAGAUUGAGAGAGCUCAACAGUUUUUUGCACAGAGUGGCAUUCUAGGGCCAACCAACUUUAGAGAUUCAAGUGACCUGAUCAGAAAGACAUCCCGAAUUCACACAGAUCCAAUGGUUAGGGAACAGAUUAGGAAAACGUCACUUUGCUUGCGCUCAAAGUUGUCCGUUGCGACGGAAAAGUCACCAUUAAAUGGAAAUAGCUGCGAUGAUCCUGACAUACUUUCCAAUCUUCAGGAGCAAGUAUAUACUUUAAGACAUAUUAUAGAGCAUGGAGAGACUAAAAUCAUAAUGCUACGCACAGAAAUCAGCAAAAUGAAGAGGAUACUCCAGGAAAUGACACAGUCUCAUGCGCUAUGCUUGUUUUGUCAACCGGAAGUUGAAUUCAUCGAUUCCUAGUCGAGCUACUCGGCCUUUGUUUUUAAUAAAUGCUAUAAUUAUUGCCGAGGAUUGGUUGUCCACUGCGAUUCACAUGCUUAUAACUUGCCUGACUUAUUUCGUUAUUUUUCCCUUAGACAAAUCAAUUAAGUUAGAAUUAUUAUUACACUUUAUU